AAUUUCAGCAGAAAUUGGAGGUUCUGUCAAAGUGUUGUUUGAUAAUUUGUGAGGUGAAUUUACAGAUGCCCUUCUAGCAAUGAAUAAUUUCUCCUCAUUUAUCAUUAGGUUGUCUAUUUGGUAACUCUUCUCCCAUCAUUUCACAAUAACUCACCAGCUGCAGCCCUUUGGACAGCCAAUUCUAGAAGCAAAGUUCAUGUCUUUUUCAAGAACACAUGAUUGAAAGCCACAAUGAAUGGUCAUAUUUCUAAUCAUCCCGGUGGUUUUGGAAUGUAUGCACCUCAAAUGAAUGGCUACGGAUCACCACCCACCUUUUCCCAGAUGGACAGAGAACAAAGUUCAAAAACAAGUGCAAAGGCUCUUUAUGAACAAAGGAAGAAUUAUGCACGCGACAGUAUCAGCAGUGUAUCAGAUAUAUCCCAAUACCGUGUUGAACACUUGACUACCUUCGUUCUGGAUCGGAAAGAUGCUAUGAUAACUAUUGAUGAUGGAAUAAGGAAGCUGAAAUUGCUUGAUGCCAAGGGCAAAGUGUGGACUCAAGAUAUGAUCCUUCAAGUGGAUGAAAGAGCUGUGAGCUUGAUUGAUUUAGAAUCAAAGAAUGAAUUGGAGAAUUUUCCUUUAAACACAAUCCAGCACUGCCAAGCUGUGAUGCACUCCUGUAACUAUGACUCAAUUCUUGCUCUGGUGUGCAAAGAGCCAACUCAGAACAAGCCGGAUCUUCAUCUUUUCCAGUGUGAUGAGAUUAAGGCAAACCUAAUUACUGAAGAUAUUGAAAGUGCAAGAUAUAUAAAUAGAGAUGGUAAAGAUUCAAUUUGUUUCAUCAUUUUUAGGAUGAUUUCCAAGGCAGACCCUGGUAUACCGCCUCCACCCAGAGCUCCUGCCCCUGUGCCCCCUGGGACUGUUACCCAGGUGGAUGUUAGAAGUCGGGUGGCAGCCUGGUCUGCAUGGGCAGCUGACCAAGGGGACUUUGAGAAGCUCAGGCAGUAUCAUGGGCAUGAAGAAACACCCGAGAUGGCGGCGGCCCGAAUUGACCGAGAUGUGCAAAUCUUAAACCAUAUUUUGGAUGACAUUGAAUUUUUUAUCACAAAACUCCAAAAAGCAGCUGAAGCAUUUUCUGAGCUUUCUAAAAGGAAGAAAACUAAGAAAGGCAAAAGGAAAGGACCAGGAGAGGGUGUUUUAACUCUGCGGGCAAAACCUCCACCUCCCGAUGAAUUUAUUGACUGUUUUCAAAAGUUUAAACAUGGAUUUAACCUUCUAGCCAAAUUGAAGUCCCAUAUUCAGAACCCCAGUGCUGCAGAUUUGGUUCACUUUUUAUUUACUCCAUUAAAUAUGGUGGUGCAGGCAACAGGAGGUCCUGAACUAGCCAGUUCAGUACUCAGCCCCCUAUUGACUAAAGAUACAAUUGAUUUCUUAAAUUAUACUGUCAAUACAGAUGAAAGACAGCUGUGGAUGUCAUUGGGAGAAACUUGGAUGAAAGCCAGAACAGAGUGGCCAAAAGAACAGUUUAUUGCACCAUACGUCCCACGGUUCCGCAGUGGCUGGGAGCCGCCCAUGCUGAACUUCAUGGGAGCUCCACUGGAACAAGACCUUUAUCAGUUGGCUGGCACUGUGGCAAAUGUAGCAGAACAUCAACACAGACAUGAAGCAAAAAGAUACUCCACAGAGCAAUCCAGUGCAUCAGAGUACUUCCCACCUCCCCCUGAGGGGUAUGCAUUCAAUAGCAUUUACACAAGAGGGCCCCAUCUGGACCAAGGGGACACUGCUGCUGCUUUUAAGCCAACGCCUAAUCGCCAUGUAGAUAGAAAUUAUGAUCCACAAGUAACACAACCCAAGAAAUAUGCCAAAUCCAAGUAUGACUUUGUGGCAAGGAACAACAGUGAGCUCUCAGUUCAAAAGGAUAAUAUUUUAGAGAUCCUGGAUGAUAGGAAGCAGUGGUGGAAAGUUCGAAAUGCAAACGGAGAAUCUGGAUUUGUGCCAAAUAACAUUUUGGAUAUUGUGAGACCUACAGAAUCUGGAUUGGGGCGUGCUGAUCCACCAUACACACAUACCAUACAGAAGCAAAGGAUGGAGUAUGGUCCAAAGCCCACUGACCCUCCCUCUGCUCCAUCGCCUCCUCCAACGCCAGCUCCUGUCCCUGUCCCCCUCCCACCGACCACUCCAGCACCUGUUCCCGUGUCAAAGGCCCCUACAAACGUCACCCGUCAGAACAGCAGCUCCAGUGACAGUGGUGGCAGUUUUAUGCGAGAUAGCCAGAGGCACAAACAGCUGCCCGUGGACCGAAGGAAAUCGCAGAUGGAGGAGGUGCAGGACGAGCUCAUCCACAGGCUGACCAUUGGCCGGAGUGCGGCCCAGAAGAAGUUCCAUGUGCCACGGCAGAAUGUGCCAGUUGUCAACAUCACUUAUGACUCCACACCAGAGGACGUGAAGACCUGGUUACAGUCAAAGGGCUUCAACCCUGUGACUGUCAAUAGCCUUGGAGUAUUAAAUGGUGCACAACUUUUCUCUCUCAAUAAAGAUGAACUGAAGACAGUCUGCCCAGAAGGGGCCAGAGUCUUUAACCAAAUCACCGUCCAGAAAGCCGCAUUAGAGGAUAGCAGCGGCAGCUCUGAAUUGCAAGAAAUCAUGCGAAGACGACAGGAAAAAAUCAGUGCUGCGGCCAGUGAUUCAGGAGUGGAAUCUUUUGAUGAAGGAAGCAGUCACUAAUUUCUUCGUUUGUUUUUAAACUCCAUUUACAUUUUUGGCAUUAUUCCAAUGUGCUUUGUUUUAAGAAGCCAUGAAGGGAAUGUCAGUUUUAUCUCCUGGUACACUUUAUUUAUCGCCAUAAAAACAACAAUGCAAACAUAAGUAAGUAGAGGACUUGGCUUCUGGGCCCAUUAUUUUUAUUAAAACUGAAAAAUUCUCAUUGAAUUUUUUGCCCUUGGGAAAUAUUUUCUUAACCAAGAUGAGGAUUUUUUUUUUUAUUGGAUUAAUUACUUCAUCCUCAUCUCAGUGUAAAGGCAGGCAUUUUUGACGGUGGUGAAGUUAUGUAUCGCAGCAAAACGAAGACACUGCCCAUGAUUCGAAAUCUAACAAUUCCAGAUUUGCCUGUGAGUUACCUUAGGCUAGCUUCUGCGUACCUGGGUCUCUUGUUUGACAUACUCAGUGAUAGAAUAUUUUGAUUUAUUUAAAGUUCUCAAUGCCAACACUUUUUGAAAGAUCAAAACAUUUAAUGAACUGUAAAAAUACAACAAGGCCUUGGACGUGCAAAUAUAAACCUAUGGAGCAUUCCCGAGACAUUCUCUUCGUCAUGGCUCUAUUGCUUACAAUUCCUUGUAUAGCUUGGAUAUUGAUUUAGCUUCUAUCCUGCUUAUUAUCUGUUCUGUGUUCUUAUAUAUGAGAAAGCACAAGUGGAAAAGAGGUCACAUAUAUUCAAACUAUGUCCCAGGAAGUAGCCUGCAUUGGUGUGAGUUACAGUAUUUUGCUUAAUGAAGGUCUCAGUUCUGAAUAUUCAUGUUAGUUGUUAAAAGGAAAUUGGGGCCAUUUUAUGUCUUUAUCUGUGUCAAGUUUUUCUGGUAAUAAGAAACACUUAAUUUACACGUAUGUUAAUCCUGUGAAAGAUUCUAGAUAUAGAAAAGAAAGAUACUUAACCUUCAACAAAUGUUAUUUUUGGAAACAUGAUUUUUGUCAUUAAAUGUUAUAUUAUUUCACAUAUAUAAAACAGAUGUUAUGUAAGAAUGUUGUAUAUUUUAACAUAAAUCCAUUUAGAGAGAUUAUCUAGAUUCAUUAAUUUUCAUAGUGCCUUUUUCACAUGCGUCAGCUGGAAAGUCUGCAAUAAACAGUAUUUGCUGUAUAUUAAUAAAUGGUUUCUGCAUC